AUGUACGCCCGAGGAAAAGGCAAAGGAUGCAUCCUGGCGCCAAUGAUACUGCUGGCGUUCCUGCUCGUCGUACUGCCUGGCUGGACGCAGGCUGCCUAUAAGCUGCAGGAGCGCUACAGCUGGACACAACUGGACUUUGCCUUUCCCAACCAGCGCGUCAAGGAGCAGGCUCUGGCCAGCGGCGACUACAUACCCCAGAACGCACUGCCUGUCGGGGUGGAACACUUCGGCAAUCGCCUCUUCGUCACCGUGCCCCGUUGGCGUGAUGGUAUACCCGCCACUCUGACCUACAUCAACAUGGAUCACAGUGUGACAGGCUCGCCGGAACUUAUUCCAUAUCCGGACUGGCGCAGCAACACGGCUGGCGAUUGCGCCAACAGCAUAACCACUGCCUAUCGCAUCAAGGUAGACGAGUGCGGACGCCUCUGGGUGCUGGACACAGGCACUGUAGGCAUUGGCAAUACCACGACCAACCCCUGUCCCUAUGCCGUGAACGUCUUCGAUCUGACCACCAAUACUCGCGUGCGUCGCUACGAGCUGCGCACCGAGGACACGAAUCCGAAUACGUUUAUAGCGAACAUCGCCGUGGACAUUGGAAAGAAUUGUGACGAUGCGUUUGCGUAUUUCUCGGAUGAGCUCGGCUAUGGGCUGAUCGCCUACUCGUGGGAGCAGAACAAGUCGUGGCGCUUCUCGGCGCACUCCUACUUCUUCCCAGAUCCGUUGCGCGGCGACUAUAACAUUGCCGGUCUGAACUUCCAAUGGGGCGAGGAGGGCAUUUUCGGCAUGGCGCUGUCCCCGAUCCGCAGCGAUGGCUACCGCACCCUCUAUUUCAGUCCUCUAGCCAGCCAUCGCCAGUUCGCAGUGUCAACGCGUAUUCUGCGCGACGAAACGCGCGUGGAGGACAGCUACCAUGACUUCAUAGCCCUGGACGAGCGCGGACCUAAUGCUCAUACGACGGCGCGCGUGAUGAGCGACGAUGGAGUUGAGCUGUUCAAUCUGAUCGACCAAAACGCAGUCGGCUGCUGGCACUCUUCGAUGCCCUACACCCCCCAAUUCCACGGGAUUGUGGAUCGUGAUGAUGUCGGCCUUGUCUUUCCAGCGGACGUUAAGAUCGAUGAGAAUAAGAACGUCUGGGUGCUUUCCGAUCGCAUGCCUGUAUUCCUGCUCUCCGAUCUCGAUUACAGCGAUGUCAACUUCCGCAUUUAUACAGCCCCGCUAGGGGCACUCAUUGAGAACACGGUCUGCGAUUUGCGUAACAAUGCCUACGGCCCAGCGAAUUCUGUAUCCAUACCGAAGCAGGCUCCCACUUCCCCGCUGUACACGAAACAGUAUCGUCCGACCCUGCAGCUGCCACAGAAGCCGCAACUGCUGCCAGGCGCUCCUUGGGUGCCCCCACCAAGCCGCAACUACUUGCCUGCUGGCUCCUCCAAUGCCAUUGGCCGGGGCAUAUCCAGCGUGAGCGUCUCGACCAACACUGUUGGCCCCGCCGGCAUCGAGGUUCCCAAGGCCUAUGUGUUCAAUCAGCACAAUGGACUCACCUACGAAACAAGCGGACCGCAUUUGUUUCCACAGCCGGUGGCGCAGACACAAACGGACGGACUCAAGAGCUACGUGAAUGCGCGCCAGUCCGGCUGGUGGCAUCAUCAUCAUCAGGGCUAA